UUCAGUCGGUCUUCGGACCUGGGACCGUCAAGACGUGAUAUUAGUAUUUUUUUGUGUUUUUUUUUAAUGGGGAGCUGGUAAAAUAUAAGCAUGGGCGCGGCAUCAGACGGCUUCAGCGCCGACUGGCUGCGCGCGCAGGUCGCCGCGUGCCGCGAGUCGCGCAAGCUCGUGCUAGUCAUCGUGGCCAUAGCCUUACUGCUGGAUAACAUGCUGCUGACUACCGUCGUCCCAAUCAUCCCGGAGUUCCUGUACGACAUCAGACACCCCGAGGCGCCCCUGUCCAUGUCUCUGGACGCCACCGCAGCCCCCACACCGUACUGCCCCUGUCUCAACACCAGCCUCGCCGUCAGCAAUGCCACGCAAGUCAACAUCACCGCUCAGAAAGAGGCCCGCCACCAGGAGCUGGUCCACGAGACGGUCGAGGUUGGGGUCAUGUUUGCCAGCAAGGCCAUCGUACAGCUACUCACCAACCCCUUCGUGGGACCUCUGACGCACAAAAUCGGCUACAGCAUCCCAAUGUUUACCGGCUUCAUACUCAUGUUCCUGUCCACACUAAUAUUCGCCUUCGGUCGCUCGUAUAGCGUCCUCUUUAUCGCACGCGCGCUGCAAGGCAUCGGUUCGUCCUGCUCCUCCGUGUCUGGAAUGGGCAUGCUGGCUGAACGGUAUCCUGACGACAAGGAACGAGGCAACGCUAUGGGCAUAGCCCUCGGAGGUCUGGCCCUGGGCGUGCUAAUCGGACCCCCGUUCGGCGGUCUCAUGUACGAGUUCGUGGGAAAGACCGCUCCCUUCCUCAUGCUGUCCGCUCUGGCACUGGGAGAUGGAUUGCUGCAACUAAUGAUUCUGCAACCGGGCGUAGUCCGACAGGAGAGCGACCCGCCAUCUUUGAAGGAGCUGAUUAUGGACCCCUACAUCAUCGUUGCUGCCGGAGCCAUAACCUUCGCGAAUGUGGGGAUCGCCAUGUUGGAACCUAGUCUGCCAAUCUGGAUGGUGGACACCAUGCAAGCCAGCCGCUGGCAACAGGGAGUGGCGUUCCUGCCCGCUAGCAUCUGCUAUCUCAUUGGGACGAAUCUGUUCGGCCCGCUCGGACACAAGAUGGGCCGCUGGCUAGCCGCCUGCUCCGGGCUCAUCAUCAUCGGCGUCUGUCUUAUACUGAUCCCAAUGGCCCGCAAGCUCGAGCACCUGAUCAUCCCCAACGCCGGUCUCGGCUUCGCCAUCGGCAUGGUGGACUCCAGUAUGAUGCCCGAGCUUGGCUUUCUAGUGGACAUCAGGCACGCCGCGGUCUACGGCUCCGUGUACGCUAUAGGGGACACUGCCUUCUGCCUGGGCUAUGCCGUGGGCCCCGCGUUCUCCGGAACCCUGGUGAACAGCAUCGGCUUCGAGUGGAUGCUGGUCAUCAUAGCCGUGCUCAACUUCGCCUACGCGCCGUGCUUGCUGCUUCUACGCUCGCCUCCAGCAAGAGACGAGAAGCAGAGCCUGAUAAUAAGCGACAAGUCAUCGGUACGCUACGUCAGCUACCAGAACGAGGAAGAAGAAUAAAUGUCUAUUUUGCCACCAUCUUAACCGCCCGCCAUCUUGAAAAAAAAAAACAAAAAACAACCGAUUUGAUAACCUCCUUCUUUGAGAUUUGGAAGUCGGUUAACAAUGAUUUCUUGAUUUUAAACUGAGACCAAAAGGUUUCAACUGUGUAGGUUAAAAUUUUAAAGUUUAUUUUAAAUUUUAAAGUGGAUAAAUGUGCCAAAAUGUUUUUAUUUUAAGGGGUUUGCUUAGUAGCUUUAGAGGCGUCUAAGGAGUGUUAUGCCAAUGUAAAAAAAGUGUGAAUGAUACCAAAUAUAUGGCCUAUUUAUUGCCCAAAGAAGUAGCUAUAUAUUUCUUCUAUCAUAUAUUUCAACUAUGGGGUCAUCCAUUAAUU